AAGGCUUCCAUUACUCAUUGUUUUUCUUCCAAAUUUCUAUAUUUUUUAUAUUCAUAAAUGUUUUUAUUCCCUUUUAAAUUCACCGUUUGGUGGGGGAUCUUAAUUUAUUCCUGUCUAUAUAUAUAAAUGGGUGUAUUAACAUUCUAUGCUUGUAUCAGAAGAUUGGUUAGGGUUUUGUGUUGCUAAUUUUCUAGACCUAUUAUUCAUCAGGAUUUUGACUUUUAAAGGUCUCUGACAAUGGCAAGCAAUUCUUCUAAUGGAGAUCACCAAACAUCAACAAAGCAGCCACCUCUGCCAUCUCCCCUGCGUUUCUCCAAAUUCUUUCAGUCCAACAUGAGAAUAUUGGUCACUGGAGGAGCUGGAUUCAUCGGGUCUCACCUGGUUGACAGAUUGAUGGAAAAUGAAAAAAAUGAGGUCAUUGUUGCUGAUAACUACUUCACUGGAUCCAAGGACAAUCUCAAAAAAUGGAUUGGUCAUCCAAGAUUUGAGCUUAUCCGUCAUGAUGUUACGGAGCCAUUGUUGAUUGAGGUUGAUCAGAUCUAUCAUCUUGCAUGCCCAGCAUCUCCUAUUUUCUACAAAUACAAUCCUGUGAAGACAAUAAAGACAAAUGUGAUUGGAACACUGAACAUGCUUGGGCUUGCGAAGCGAGUUGGAGCAAGGAUUUUGCUUACAUCAACUUCUGAGGUUUAUGGUGAUCCUCUUGUGCACCCCCAACCUGAAAGCUACUGGGGAAAUGUUAACCCUAUUGGAGUUCGUAGCUGCUACGAUGAGGGGAAGCGUGUGGCUGAGACUUUGAUGUUUGAUUAUCAUAGGCAGCAUGGACUAGAAAUACGCAUUGCAAGAAUCUUUAACACGUAUGGACCGCGCAUGAACAUUGAUGAUGGACGUGUUGUUAGCAACUUCAUUGCUCAGGCACUUCGUGGUGAACCCUUGACAGUCCAAUCUCCAGGGACACAAACUCGCAGUUUCUGCUACGUCUCAGACAUGGUUGAUGGACUUAUCCGUCUCAUGGAAGGACCGAACACCGGACCAAUCAACCUUGGAAACCCAGGCGAAUUUACAAUGGUUGAACUUGCUGAGACAGUGAAGGAGCUUAUUAAUCCAAAAGUGGAGAUCAAGAUGGUGGAGAACACCCCGGAUGAUCCACGACAGAGGAAACCGGACAUAUCACAGGCAAAGGAAUUGUUGGGAUGGGAACCGAAAAUCAAGUUGCGCGAUGGUCUUCCUCGCAUGGAGGAGGAUUUCCGUCUGAGGCUUGGAGUUGACAAGAGCAAUUAACUCCCUCACUCUGUCCAUACAUGUUAAGAGGGAUGAAUCUGCAGUUUUAAAAUUUUUCAUAUUCAUAGUUAUUAUACUCAGGAGGUUUGGAUGGCUUUCUAAUUUGGUUUCUGAAUUGUCACAUAGUUAAAGUCUUAAAGAGUUGUUAUCUUUAAAUGUUUAUUAUUUGCCAGAAGACUACAGCUUGUCACUUCAAAUUUUGGAAUGUUUAUUGAAUUGAAAUUUCUGCUUA